AUGACAGAUUUGGAUCUGAGGAGUCAUGCAAGGUUAGAGGAGGUGGAGAGGUUAUGGAGAGUGCCAUGGAGAACAUGGCCAACUGACAAGUUCCAGAUGGGUGUGAGAUGUGGAUUUGGAGGAGUCACAAGGUGUAGGUGGAUUCUGAACAAUGCACCCACUGAUGAUGGGGGAGUUUUGGGAGAGGAUGAUUGCCUAGAUGAUGAGUACAGGUACUGGUCUUAUGUUGAAACCCAUCCUGCCCAUGUGGUUCUCUCCCAAGGGUCCUGGCAGGAGGCUGUGGACAUACUACAUUGGUCCUACACAGAUUGGCUGCUCACCCAUCCCCAACCAAUUCAGCUGCCUUUUAGUCAGGAGGAGUGUCAGGAACCAUUGAGACUACUCAAUGAUCUGAGUCAGCAAUCCACUCUUUUGUCCACAUGCAUGGUCCCUCAUGUUCUUCUACACACCACUCAUUGGUGUCAGGUCAAUUUCAGGCCACACAAACCACUCCCACAAGACAUCAUUGCCACACACACAUCAAGGCAGACCCCGAUGCUAUGCAUGGUGGUCAAGAUAUUGAUUGGUAUACUGUGCCUUGGCAUUCCAUUCUUGUUCAUGGAUCAAGCAAGAUAUAGUGGCCAUUUUGAUGUGGAGGGGAAUGCAAGCACACAGAGUCAUGUGCCACUGUUUGUCAUCAGUGCUUGUACCUGUCUCAUGUAUAAAGCAGAGUUGCCACAGGGUUCUGCAGCUGUUCAUCAUGCAGCUGCUGCUGCCCAUGAAGGAUUUGUAUUUCUCCCAAAAGACAGAAAGAAAAAGCUACCAAAAGACCAGCUCAAUAGCUGGUUAUGUCCAACUGCUGAAAUCCAACCUGCUGAUGAUCUGCCAUGUGGAUUCCCUGAGGCUACUACUAUCACUGCUUAUGACACCUUCAACUCUGAUGCUGAGGAUGGAGGUCCUGAAGACUUCAACCUUGAUGAAGGGAUGGACAAUACUGACUUGGAAGACCUGGACAGCAAUGCUGAACAGCACAGACCUCAAGCUGAUGUUGCUGAGCUGCAAGUGGAACUGCACCAGACAAGGAAGGCUCUCUUUGAAGCCAAUAGCCAGCAUUCCAAGUGGUCCAGGAACCCAUCUAGCAAGUCAAACAGCCUCAUGACUCAUAUUGAGCAAGACACAAAGAAAUACCUCCUACUGUAUCAUUUUUUCAUCAUUCAAAGCCUUUUCCCAGCAGCUCUGAAUCCCAAUACUGAUCGACAUGAUCCAGCACAGUGGAAAUCACAGGAUGGGAAGCUCAAGGGUGCUCUGACUGAGCUUUAUGAGAUGAUUCCUGCAGAUUUACAUGAGUCAAUGGUAACCUACAAGCAAUUUGGCUCUGUGUUCAUACAAGCACAUGGUCAGGAGAGAUCCAAUGUCCUCAAAGUCAUCAAGGACUGUGCUGGCACAUUAUUUGCUCCAUAUAACAUUUCACCAGAUCUCUUUACUGGAAAGCCUGCUUGUAAGAAGGACAACAAGGCAUGCCUGGCACUCUUGAAGAAGGAUGGAGUUGGAGAAUACACCUGUUUUGCACCCAUUCUUGUUGCAGAUCCUAAGCAGAUGGUUACUGGAGGCUUCUUGAAGAGUCCCAUCCUAGUUAAGGUUAUCCAUGUCCUGAUGUUUGGAAAAUUGAUCCUCACAGAAAACAAAUGUGGAUGGCCCCCAGCCAGGGGUCAGAAGAUGGGUGUGCUGAGUGUUACUGAGGGCCUGAUUGCUGGUGCCUGCAUCUUGUACAUGCUGAUGUCAAUAUCAUACCAAGGUUCAAUUCCUAUUGUCACAUGA